AAUACUGUAUGCCACGGUUCAGAUAUUUUAAACGCUUUUUGAUGCUUACCAGAGUAAUGGAUUUGAGGCAGCUAUUUCAAGAAUUACACAACAAAUAUAUGAGCGCCAAAGAUUUUUAUGGCUGGUAUCUUUUAUUGGACCAACUGCAUGGUUUGGAUAGACUUGGACAAACUUUUUGAAUGUGGUGUAUUUUUCUUCCUGUCACUUCAGGACCAUCACAGCUACAUCACUUGAACACUACCAAAACAAGUAUACUUUUUUCCAAGUAACCCUGAAAACUGUCAGUGUCCUGAGCAACCAGCAUUUAGUCAAACAAGGUAGACUUCUGACUAUUUUCAAGUGUAGCUUUAGAAAUACUACUUUGUGACUUGUAUGUUUUUAACACACAGGCAUGAUGUUUAUGCUACAUUAAACUCGCUGAACAUUCUUAAUGCGUGACCUGGGCUGUUUCAAGGAUUUUUAUGUGCCGUUAAAGAGGAAUGUUGCUUAACUAUCAAAGGACAUGAUGCAGAAUCCUUUAACUGUUUCUGGAGAUAAAUCCUCUUCAGGGACAAUACAAAGUGGAAAAGGUUUUCAGAAUAAAAGCCACUUUAGGACCAUCGCACCAAAAAUGGUACCAAAAGUUGUAACAUCAGGAAUGGUUUCUUGUCUUCAGCCUUCUCUGCCUGAGCAUAGUACUCCUGUUAGAGCUGCAAGCUCUAAACCACUUAUAGUGCCAACACAAAAUUAUGCUCUGAUGCAAGUUACUGGUCAUGAAGGAACUUUUUCUCUUGUGGCCUUGCCACAGGUUACUCCUGCACUAACCCAACAAAUCCAUCAGUCAAACAUGUCCCCUCCUGAAAACCUCAAACUACCUAUUCCUAGGUAUCAGUCUGUAAGAAGCAAAUUGCUGAUUGACAAAAAACCAACUCAAACCACUGCUUCAGGUACACAUAACAAGAUUCUUGUCAAGACACAGACUUCAUCACAGAUGCCACCAGUGACUACCUCUACUGAAGACCAUUCUGAAACUCAUUCUAUGACUCGUGCAUCUGAACAAAUGAUAUUACUGGAUCAGGGGUCAACUGAAGUUACAGUUGCUACUUUGCUAAAUGAAAGCAACAAUGUCAAAUCUGAACCUCUUUUAUUGAGCAAAACGGACACUGCUAGAGCUGUGUCAGAACCAUCUGCAGCUAAGCAACCUUUAUCCAAGCCAGUGGGUAUAAGUGAUCCACUGAAACUAAACUUGCACUCUAUGGAAACAGCAGAUGAAACCACAAAAGGCUCAAUUGUUGUAUGUGAGAAAGUUAAAGAAAAAACAGCGAAUUCUGCAAACUCUGUCACUGUGCUGUCACCAGCUGUUUUGGGCAACCCUGUGCAAUUGACUCCCUCAGCACCAAAAGGAAAACUACCUAUUUUGCCUUAUUCAAGAAUGAAAAAAACAAUAUUUUAUAAAUCUAAAUCAAAUUCUAACAUUGCAAAUGCUGCUGCUCCUGUGCAACCAUCUGAUUGUGAAAAGAUGCCAUCUUUGGUGAAAACCUUAAAUGUUUCUGGUAAACUGUUACCUAUAUCUUUUGCACAAGUCUCCAAACAACCAACGUGUGAAAAUGCUUUCUGUCCAGCAAGUAAAGUAGAUGUUGAUAAUCCAAAGAAAUUGGAUGCUGCAGCCUUGAAGAGAAGAGGGAGAAAACAAAGAAUCCCAGAUGAUAUAUUGGCCUUUCAGACCAAAAGAAAGAAGCGCAUUGUUAAUAAGUUUAGAGAAGGUAAAGAGAAAAUAAAAGUUGAUCCUCAGGAACCAAAAAACAGAAAGGGAGAUGAAGUAAAAAAAUACCGUAGUAUUAGGCCAAAACCUGUCGUUGUUAUGCAGGCUUUAGCUCCACUAACAUCUGCAUCCAUAAAGGGGUCCAAAUCUCCUGACCAGGUAAAACAAGACGCUUAUUUAAAUAAUUCACUUCCCAGUAAAUAUUUAAGUUAUAAACAGAGUGAAGAAGUUUCUGCUAAACCAAGGGAUUUGUGUAGGAAUGUAUUUUCUACUGUACCUAAGAUGUGGCAUAAGUGCCAUGUCUGCAACCACAACUUCCAGUUUAAACACCAUCUUCAGGACCAUAUGAACACACACACAAACAGGCGACCUUACAGUUGUCGAAUUUGCCGUAAAGCAUAUAUUCAUUCAGGAAGUCUAAGCACACACAUGAAGCUUCAUCACAGUGAAGGUCGACUCAAGAAACUGGUGUGCUGUGAAUUCUGUUCUAAAGUAUUUGGACAUGCAAAAGUAUAUUUUGGCCAUUUGAGGGAAGUGCACCGGGUUGUUAUCAGCACCGAGCUCUCCACUAGUGAACAACAGUUGCAAGAUGCUUUAAAGAUCAGAGACAUAAAUAUAAAAGGGGCAGAUGAAUCAAUAGAGAGGGAAAAUAAAUGCAAUUUUGAAGAUCUGUUUCAUAGUCAAGGAGAUGUUAAAGUACAGAUCAAAUGUGGCCGAUGCCAGUUUACUGCACUGUCCUUUGCUGAAAUGAAGUUUCAUUUGCUGUGUGCUCAUGGAGAGGAGAUCCAAGGAAGAAUAAAGGAUGGAAUUCUACAAGGAGGCAUGGGACCACAGGAGGAACUGAUCAAACAUGCAGCUCAUUUCUGGAAGAAGCACAAUGAGCACCGAAAUCUGGUGAAACGUGCCCCUUAUGAGGAGUUCUAUACUUUUCCAAAAUUGAGAAGGCAAAUCUGUCUUCAUCAUGAAAAUAAUGGUGAUAUACUAACUAAAAAUGAGGUGAUUCAGUUAGGGAACAAUGAACCAGCAAAGGAGUUGCAAAAUAUUGGCUCUGCUCCACAAACUAAAAAAAAUCAAAUUUGGUCUAAAGCAGGAUAUAACUGCAUUUUAUGCAAGCAGGUAUUUGGAAGAAAAGAGGACCUUUGUGGUCAUUGGCAGAGUUGCCAUAAUUGUGAAGACCCUUCUGUUCUUUGGACUAUUUUUAAUUCAUUCUUUAAACAGGGGGUUAGUGAACUUUCUAAUACCGAAAGACGAAGCAAUGACAACAUUCAGCUAGAAAAGUAUUCACCUCCAAAGUUUACUGAAUGAUUUGUGUCUCAUUCACAGUAUCCCAAAAACUGACUCAGAAAAGUUUCGCUUUUUUUUCAGUUAACAGUAGGACUGUUUGUACAUACAGUUUAGAUCUGUUUUGCUAAAUAGAAAACUGUAUUUGUAUUGUCAAACUUUCCAGACACACACACACACACACAAACCUUUUUUAUACCAGUGCACUAAGGGUGUUUAUAGAC